UCGCGUCUUCUUAUUUUUUAAUUAAUUAUUUUCGCGUUUAUUUACAUUGAUUGCUUCAGAAGAUCUGAGUAAAUUCGACGCUCCCUUAUAAUGGAGGAAAGACCGGUCUUUAUAGAGGGUGUGAAAAACGACGUGGCAAUCUUCGACUCGUCUUUCCAUCUUGAAAUUGGACCGCCCGUGGAAAAAGAGCAGCUCCCAGUUGUCGAGCUCAUCGAGGAGUGGGGCGGGAACACCAAGUUCACACGGGUCAGCAGAAAUUUCAGUGAUUAGUGCCGAACAGUGGACUAGGGAUCAUUGAGGACGCUCGACCGUGACCGUGUCAUCGCCGUGACGCUUCUCGAUCUUUCUUGUCCCGGCGUAACAAACUGCAAAACAUUCUCCGAUUUCGGAAAUCAAUCAAGGAGAGACUUGUUUGCAGCGCAUCAAGUGCAUAAUUCGAGAGUUGUUUAAAAUUUAAAAUCAGUAUAAAUUAAAGAUUAUUUGAAUCGAGAGACUAUUUGAAAAGAAUUACAAUUCUGUAGGUAUAAGAAUACGGAUUUUCUUAAAUACAGAAGCUUAAAUACUAAAAGAUUUUUCUAAAACCACCGAGAAAACUUUUAACGACUUGAAACAGCGUCAAUUAGUGCUGUCAAUUAGUGUGCCGCACGACUGAAUGUGAGCACGCGAUUAAAAUUUCAUUUAUUUUGAGACGGACGCUCAAUAUCGAGACCGCCGCCGACCGACGAGCUAUCAUUGGCGCUUUUGCGUCAAUCGAUUUUUUCAUUAUUGUUACUGCUUAUCACGCGUCUUACAUAGUGGCCGGCAGUGAUGAAUUGCCCCGUCGACGAGACAGACAUUUAGAGCUCACGAGAUCUUCGUGGAGUCGACGCCAAGGACGUCGCGACGUAUUUCUGCAGCGUUUCAAACGAAAAGUUGGUCGUGCCUUCGAUCAACUAGAAGACAGUUCGGAAGGUUCAGAAUUUGAAACUCUUGGAUGACUUUGCCGACGACUUUAAGAGGAAGUGAUGUGAUAAGAAGACAUUCUCUAUUAUAUCGUCUAUAAAUAGUUUUCAUCUUACAGAAGAUAUUGACAGUAAGUUAACAUUAGAAGACUGUGAUAAUAUUAUUUAUUCGACAGCACCAACAAAGUCUUUUACUUGCUUUCGCGAAGACGUCAAUAUUGCAAAAUAUAAUUUUGACACAUUCGGUGAAACGAGCUAACACACAAUACGGUAAAAUUACCAUAAUACGGAAGAUACCGUGACAAGUGAAGUUGUAUAUAUCAACGCGAAGAUUGCGAAUACAUAGUACGAAGAAUAUUUCAUCAUGUCUUUCCUCAACGGGACUCUUUUGGUGUUAACGUACACAGCCAACAUGAUGUCCACCUUGCCCGAAAAGACAGACCCGAGGAAUAUUAGCACAGCUCAGGAUGUCACCACCACGACCCUGUCACCGGAGGAACUGGAGAACAGAUUCGAUUUGGACGAUCAAUGGUAUAUGUGGCGAUGCUACAAGCCGUUUGGUUGCUUUUACAUUGGACCACCUUGGUCCGGAGAGAACCGACCUGUGUCCACAUUUCCGGCACGUCCGGACAGCAUCAAUCCUCGUUAUAUUUUAUACACGCGCGAGCAAGCCGAAAAGCCUCACGAGUUGAAGAUCGAUGACUUCGAGACUAUUCGAAAAUCGCCCUUGAACAAGAAGAACAAUUUGUAUCUUAUCAUCCACGGAUUCCUGGAUAAUGGCGACAAAACAUGGGUUUUGAGAGUGAUGAAGGAGUUACUCUUGCGGGAGGAUUGCAAUGUCGUGAUUGUCAAUUGGCUCGCCGGUGCUGGACCACCGUACACGCAGGCGGUGGCGAACACGCGGCUGGUCGGUGCUAUGACAGCUCGCUUAAUGGCACAGCUGGUCGAGGUCGGGGGAUUACCACCCUCGAAGACGCACUGCAUCGGGCACAGUCUGGGCGCCCACACUUGCGGUUACGUGGGAUACAACUUGCGAGAUCAGUACAAGAUAAAAUUAGCGAGAAUUACAGGUCUCGAUCCGGCGGAACCGCACUUCAGCAACACCCACACGAUGGUCCGGCUGGAUCCGACGGAUGCGACAUUCGUGACAGCCAUUCACACAGACGGCAGCCUUUUUAUCAGCGGUGGCCUUGGUAUUUUGCAACCGGUGGGACACAUCGAUUUCUAUCCGAACAGCGGUCGCAAUCAGCCUGGCUGUAACGAAGGUGUGCUCAAUUCCAUCACCUUGGAACGUGGCAGUUUCUUUCGCGGGAUCAAGAGGUUUCUGGGAUGCAAUCACAUCCGCAGUUACGAGUACUUCAUCGAGAGCAUAAAUUCGCAGUGCCCAUUCAUAGCCGUGCCGUGCAGCUCGUGGGAGAAGUUCCAGGAAGGCGGUUGCUUUGACUGCGUGACUCAAUACUGCCCCAGAUUCGGGCUGGACGCUCAGCCCGGGAAUUAUCACGCGUCCGUGUACCUGAUGACCGGAUCCGACAAGCCGUUCUGCAAGGCCCACUACAAGCUGUCGAUAAAUAUCUCGAGGACGGACGAGAGCCUGUCACAUGGCGGGGAAGUCGGGAUGUUCGUCGUGCGCGCCAUCGGCGCGAACGGCAAGAUGACCGAGAGGAUGCAGCUGAGUCCAACCUCGAAGUACUACGAGCCCGGUAGCACGCACACCAUCGUCCUGCCUGGUGACGUCAUCGGGGAGCCACAUUCGGUGGAGAUCACCUGGGAAUACCAGACCUCGGUCUUCAACCCCCUUACGUGGAGGCUGCUUCACACGCCGCGCGCCUACAUCGACUCGCUGACCAUAAAAAAUCUGGAGACCGAUUACGGGGUCACUCUUUGUCCGGACGACACGAAAACGUUGCUCGCUAACCAGCCCAAGAUCCUGACCACGGAAAACUGCCGCAACACGGAACACAAUGCAAUUUCCACGUGAAGGAUCAAACGAAAUCCAUGCCAGUUCACCAUAUUUCUCCUUUCUCACAUCAAGGAUUAAAUUUUUGCCGAAACUAGUAUAAUUUUUUAGUUAAACAUAAUUAAGUUUCGCGAUCUGUAAGUGAAAAUAAUUUCUAUUCUCGUUCUCGGGAAGGUACCGUAAGGUAAACUUUGCCCCGUCGACAGCAUGAUGACUUAAUAUUACUGAAGUUAUGCUAGUUUCAAAUUUUGCUCGUAACGAGAAGCCGACGUCCUGUUCGUUAGCGAAAUAAGACUUGUUAGAGAUUUUUCUAUUUUCAUACUUUUUUUUAUACAGAAACUGCGGAUAAAAGAAAAGUAUCCUAUCUCAAAUCUCAGAAUGUCAUAAGGAAAGACGGUUAUUCAACCUAGGCUUCUAAGAACAAUCGUCGUAUAUUACGGACUCCGUAGUCCCCAUGGGACUUAGCUUCACGUGGAUGACAUUUAAUCUCCGGAAACUUCGGCGGUUUCGUAGGCGAACGAGCGUGAAUCGCGCAUAAUAACGCCGGUUUCCCUCGCAACCAACGGCAAAGUCACGAUCCUUUCACUGUCAUUAUGCGCCCGGGGUCUUUCUCUCUUUCUCUCUCUCUCUCUCUCUCUCUCUCUCUCUCUCUCUCUCUCUCUCUCUCUCUCUCUCUCUCUCUCUCUCUCUCUCUCUCUCUGUCUCGCCGGACGCUUUCGUGCGAAUGUUGUCGUCGUUGUCGUCACAUCAGCAAAUUGUCGCUGGCCCCGUAAUUUGUGACCGUAAAUGCGUCAAUCCCACUUUGCUCAGGCAUGCGAGACCCAAUAGCGACGAUGGCGUAACUAACGUUUAUUGCACGCUUUGGGGAUUGUAGCAAUAAAUUUUGUGACAACGAAUGUUUACCAGAACGAGAAAGAGAAGGUGUGAGAUGUACGAGGGAAGGAAGAACAUUUUUCGAGCGUGUCGAAAGUUAUACCGAUGAUUAACGCGAUAGUAUUAAUGCAACGAAUAUUUCGAUUAUUUCCUUGUAAAGACGGCGGGAACGUAAUUCUGGAAAGUUCGCAAUUUCGUUUGUCGCAUUAAAUUAAGCAACGCGAAACGCACAAAGUGGGUCGGGCGCGUACGAUUUCUGUGUUCCAAAUGAGCUAAAAAAAUAACAAUAUCUAUGUAGAGCCCUACGAAAGCGUCUGACUCAGCUCGAUAUAUACGUUUAGACGUUUCCAAAAGUUUCAUAAUCGAGUUAGAAAUUAGCAAACCAUGCAGGUAGAAGAGAUCUGUGAAAACGACAUUCUAAGUUAGGGAGGACUCAUUAGCUUUUAGUUAAGUUAGAUUCUUGAUACGAUGUGAAUUAUUAUUUAAUUUUGAACCAGCGCAUAUUUAUACACAAAUACUCCAUUAAACGUGUAGCGGUAAGUUUCGCGAGCGAUUCGUAAGCGGCGAUUGUAAUAAGGAUUACUCUUAAGCGCCAGUGUACAUACAAAUAAAAUUAAUUUAGAAAUA